AUGGAGUUCUCCGGCGCUGGUCUCCGCCUGCUUGUGGCUGCGCUGGCCCUGCUCUUCGUCACCUCCUCCGCCCAGGUCACCUGCCCCGCCCCCCUCACACCUCCCACCCCCGCUCCCGCUCCCGCUCCAGCCACCGCUCCCCCCACCCCGGCGCCAACGCCCGCUCCCGCUCCAGCCACCGCUCCCCCCACCCCGGCGCCAACGCCCGCCCCCACCGUCGCGCCUCCCACCCCGGCUCUGGCUCCGGUCGCCCCCACCCCAGCGCCGUCCCCGAAGGCCGCCUCCCCGGCACCGGAAGCUGCUUCCCCCGCCCCCGAGGCACCCGUCUCCUCCCCUCCCGCUCCCCCUCCCGCCGGUGAGUCGCCGACCGUGGUGCCCAGCCCGCCAACCACCAAUACCGCGGCCGGGAUCCGCUCAGCAGGAUGGAUCUCCACCGCCGUGGCCGUCGCGGCCGUGGUGUACGCGUUCUAG